GCUUUACCUGCCACUUUUAUUUAAAAUAAUAAUUCCAAUGGCGCCCUCAGCAGGAGAGUUCGAGGGAAUUAAAAGGGGAGGAAUCGUAUGAUCUUCCCCAAUUUUCUAAUCAUUAUCCGAGGCUUUUCAGGCUCUCCGAUUGGGGUAAGGGUUUUCUUCCCGUCGCCGCUGCCUUUGACUUCGUUUGCCCAGAUUCUUCUCAUCCCUUUUUUUCUCUGAAAUAUUCGCGGAUUUACCGUGAAAAUUUCAGUGAAAUUUCUUUAAAAAAGGAGGAAUUUUCGGAAGGAUCCGGCAACAGGAAUUCAUAAUUUCUCUGAAUUUUCCGCUGAAUUUUAAGCAGGGCCAGAUAAGAGCAGAGGGUAAUAAUUCCCCAAAUAAUACUGUAAAAUUUAAUUUUUGGGCAUAUGGAGGGGAGGUCUGAGCCAGGAGCCAUGGCAGCUGGGGAAUCAUCCGAUGCCAAAACCAUCCAGAGAAACCCAGUCCAACCGCAGCCGCCGGUGUAUAGCAUGCGAUUGGUGACCUCUUCUGAUGGAACACCGAUGUAUAAAUCAAUAAGCGGUAACUCUCCUCCUUCAUACGCUGGAGGAGGGGGCGGUGGCGGCGAUGGGAACUCGGUAGCCAGUGGAUCGCAUGGCCUCGGUGGCAGCACUGGAGAGCCAUUCAAACGAAAGCGUGGACGGCCGAGGAAGUAUGGGUCCAAUGGUACCGUCGUCGUUCCUCUCACCACCGUGUCCCCGACCACAAGUGCCUCGGCUGUUCCACUUUCUUCCUCUGCUGCUGCAACUGCUGCAGCAGGAGCCAUGAAGAAAGCAAGGGGACGGCCGCCGGGUUCCAGCAAGAAGCGGCAAAUGGUAGCUCUGGGAUCAGCUGGGAUUGGUUUUACACCUCAUAUUAUUGCAAUCAAGACCGGAGAGGAUAUUGCAUCAAAAAUUAUGGCAUUUUCGCAGCAAGGACCACAUGCUGUUUGCAUUCUUUCAGCUAAUGGUGCUGUUUCAAAUGUGACUCUUCGUCAGGCAGCAACAUCUGGGGGAACGGUAACUUAUGAGGGUCGAUUUGAAAUCUUGUCACUCUCUGGCUCAUUCAUGCUGUCAGAGAAUGGUGGGCAGCGUAGCCGAACAGGGGGACUGAGUGUGUCUCUGGCUGGUCCUGAUGGUCGUGUCUUGGGCGGUGGAGUGGCUGGGCUUCUAACAGCGGCAUCUCCUGUCCAGGUGGUAGUGUGCAGUUUUAUUGCCGAUGGGCAGAAAGAGACAACUGAAGUGAACCCAUCAGAACCUGUAUCUGCCCCUGGAAAGCUUGCUGGUCCUUUUGGGUUUUCACAGGGCAUACUGGACGAGUCCUAUGACGAUCCUGGGAGCUCACUCAACCAGAACAUUGGUGCUUGCGAUAACAGCAACCAGCAGGGCUUGUCAAACAUGCCAUGGAAGUAACUGCAGUUUGCACCCUCUGUAACUUUGAUGCUUAAGAUUUGUCGAAACGACUUUUUCCUGUUGUCUUCUUUUCAAUGUAACCUAAUUUAUACCCUUUGUAACCAUAAAUCAGAAAUCCGAAGUCCUUUAUCUCAUCUUCUAUAAUGUAUACUUACAUAUUGCUCAGCCGGGAACAGUUGCUGGUGACCUCCCUCACCCCCCUCAAAUAUAGAUGCUACCAACUUUAUUGCGCAUCAUGUAAAAGGAUGGAGUACAGAGAAAAUUGUAGCUCUUGUUUGGUCUAUGUUCCGCACCCCACCUGAGAUGUAUCACUGGGGUGUUGUUUAGUUAUAUGUGACUGAAGAUGUAUAUUAUCUGACAGUUAUUCAUCAUGCUUGGCAA